UUGUAGCCUGAAGAGCGAUAUUUCCCCUGAAAUAUGUUCGCUUAGAUUUGAUUUUGAGAAAUUUCGACGGAUUCAUGUAUUAAUGCAUUCGCAGCGGAAUGAGCGUUAUUCCCGCCCUCGACAACAAUUGACACGAAUUAACUUAAUAAACGUUUAUUGCAACGAUAAAUCGUAUACUAAUUACAACAAAAAACAACUGGUAUUAUGCAAUUUUAAUGCUCGCUCUGUUAAGAACAAAACAACCGAGAUUUUUGACUAUAUAUGUGAAUCUGAAGCAGAUUUGCUCACAAUCACUGAGCACUGGUUAACUCCACGUGAUGCUGCGAUCAGAGCUGAGUUAUGUCCGAAUGGUUACAAGAUGUUCGCUCAUCCAAGAUUGGAUCGUCGAGGAGUAGGGACUGGGUUAAUUUAUCAUGAGUCGCUAAAUGUUGAAAAUAUUGAUGCAGGUGCCAGUGUACAGGGUUCCUAUGAGUUUUCGGAGUGGAUAAUUAAGUCACCAUCACAUAACCUGCGGAUAGUUGUUAUCUAUAGACCACCCUAUUCAGCUAAUCAUCCUGUCUCAACAAGUGUAUUUUUUACUGAAUUUUCUGAAUACUUAGAAUCGCUUGUACUCUGCAAGGAACAACUGUUGAUAACGGGCGAUUUCAAUAUUCACGUGGAUGAUGCAAAUGACAUUGACGGUGAGAGGUUUCUGGAUAUGUUAACCUCAUUUGGACUAAAUCAACACGUUAAUCAACCUACACAUUGCAAUGGUCCCACAUUGGAUCUAAUUGUAACACGCAUGUCUGAAUCUCUUGUUACCAAAAUGCCACACGUGGAUCAUUUUAUAUCUGAUCAUACUGCCGUUUUAUGCUGGUUAGAUUCUGUUAAACCCUGCUUAUCUGUAAAAACUGUUAGUUUUAGGAAGCUUAAGUCUGUUGAAAGAGAUCACUUUAAACGCGACUUGCUUGCUAGACCACUGUGUACCGGAAAACAAGUAAGCACUAUAAAUGAAUUAAAUGCGUACGUAAAAGAAUAUAAUACCACCUAAUUGGAAGUUCUCAAUCGUCAUGCCCCCAUACAAACACGUACCAGAGUAUUCAGACCCACUGUUCCAUGGUAUAGCGAUGCUAUUGAUUUAGCUAAGCGGCAACGCAGGAAAGCAGAGCGGAAAUGGAGGAAAACAAAAUUGACUGUUGAUCUGAAUGCCUAUAAGGCCAAAAAGAAUUAUAUGACUUAUCUGAUGAACAGAGCUCGUAGUGAAUAUUACUCUACAUUUAUGGAAGAGAACACAAGUGGUCAGAGAAAGUUGUUUGGUGCGGCAAAAGGUCUGCUUGG